UUUCAAAUUCCGUUGGUGAUACUUAUUUCUGAGGUUCACAAACUCUUCCACUGAACUUCCUUCGCUCUUGGAGAGACUCUUCAAAUCUUUCUAAAAAUGAAAAUUCUUCAAGCUCAGUCUUCUCCAAAGCUGCCAUUUCUCAUCUCAAAAGCACCAAAAAGUGGAGGAUUGCCGUUACCAAGGAAAUCAUCUCUUUUGUUAAACUCUAAUCCUUGUGUUGCAUCUCAAAGACAUGAAAGAUUUAAUUGGCUACUUCUUAAUAGCUCAAUCUCAAGCUCCAUUUCAACAAGAGCAGCUUCUGUUGAAGCAAACACAUCAAAGAUAACAGCAGGCACCGGAGAAAAAGAUGUAUUGAAAGCCCUGUCCCAGAUUAUUGAUCCAGAUUUUGGAACUGAUAUCGUCUCAUGUGGGUUUGUGAAAGACCUUGAUAUUAAUGAAGAAUCUGGAGAGGUGUCAUUUUGGCUGGAACUCACUACGCCUGCAUGUCCAGUCAAGGAUAUGUUUGAGAAGCAGGCAAAUGAGGUCGUUGCAGCUGUUCCGUGGGUCAAGAAAGUUAGUGUAACGAUGUCAGCACAACCUGCCAAACCUAUCUAUGCAGGGGAACUUCCUAUGGGAUUACAAGCUAUUUCAAAUAUUAUAGCUGUUUCAAGUUGCAAGGGAGGCGUCGGGAAAUCAACUGUUGCUGUGAAUCUUGCAUAUACAUUAGCAGAUAUGGGUGCUAGGGUUGGUAUCUUUGAUGCAGAUGUCUAUGGUCCAAGCUUACCGACAAUGGUUUCUCCUGAAAACCGGCUAUUAGAAAUGAAUCCAGAGAAGAAAACCAUUAUUCCAACUGAAUAUUUGGGAGUCAAAUUGGUAUCGUUUGGAUUUGCUGGCCAAGGUCGUGCUAUCAUGCGAGGUCCAAUGGUUUCUGGGGUCAUCAAUCAACUGCUGACUACUACUGAAUGGGGAGAGUUGGACUACCUUGUUAUUGAUAUGCCUCCUGGAACAGGAGACAUUCAACUUACUUUGUGUCAGGUAGUUCCAUUAACUGCUGCCGUCAUUGUUACCACUCCUCAGAAGCUAGCAUUCAUUGAUGUUGCAAAAGGCGUUCGUAUGUUUUCGAAGCUUAAGGUGCCAUGUGUAGCUGUAGUUGAAAACAUGUGCCAUUUUGAUGCUGAUGGAAAACGCUACUAUCCAUUUGGUAGAGGUUCAGGUUCUCAGGUUGUCCAACAGUUUGGAAUUCCGCAUCUGUUUGAUCUACCUAUAAGACCAACUCUAUCUGCUUCUGGAGAUAGUGGAGUUCCUGAAGUUGCGGCUGAUCCUCAAGGUGAUGUUUCCAAGAUAUUUCAAGAGCUCGGAGUUUGUGUUGUUCAACAGUGCGCCAAAAUUCGGCAACAAGUAUCAACAGCAGUAUCGUAUGAUAAAUCUAUUAAAGCAAUUAGGGUCAAGGUGCCAGACUCGGAUGAAGAAUUUCUUCUGCAUCCUGCAACAGUUAGACGGAAUGAUCGGUCUGCUAAAAGUGUUGAUGAAUGGACUGGAGAACAAACAUUGCAAUACACUGAUGUCCUGGAAGAUAUUGAACCAGAAGAUAUUCGACCAAUGGGGAACUAUGCUGUUUCCAUAACAUGGCCUGAUGGAUUUAGUCAGAUCGCUCCGUAUGAUCAGUUGCAAACUCUAGAGCGGCUAAUCGAUGUUCCUCAACCAACUCCAGCAUAGGUGAUAUGAAUGAUCCUUCUGGUGGUACAUAUGAUACAACUCAGAUUAAACCCUAAGGUAAUACGGCCAUUCGGUUGUCAUCACAUUCACAUCAAUUGAAGCCCCAUGGAGGGGUUGACACCCUAAAAACCACCAGCUCCGCAACGAAAUUCAGUGCACUGCAAGCUAUAGCUGCUACAAGUGUAGAGUUGAGUUUGGUAUUAGUGUGCCUUUCGAGAGAAAACACUUUUUUUCUUUUAUCGUGUUGUACUGCAUUGUAUAGUGGAAAAAAAACAGUUGCCAACCUACAUUUAAAAAAAAAAAAAUCCGUAAAUUUAGAACCCACGUUUGGGUAGGGGUGGAAAUUGGACCAGAUUUGGGAAUACUCAUGGUUAACUGAAGCUGGGAGUUUGGCUAAA